AUGGCCUUCUUCCACCACGCUAACGCCUCCCGCUUCAGUAUCCAGGCUCAAACGGAGGCCGCUACUUGCAUGAAGAAUCUCUCCAACUGGACACCUGCUCUCGCUGAGAUUCGCACAUGGCCUGAAUAUUUGCCACAGCCGCUCCGGACACUCCCCGGUUUGGCGCACAAACUGGGGAUCAACCAGCUAUUUGUCAAGGAUGAAAGUAAGCGCUUUGGUGCAGAUGUUGGCUCUUUCAAGGCCCUGGGCGCCCCGUAUGCUGUCUACCAGAUCCUGGCAGACGAGGUUUUUGCAAAGACAGGGACUCGGCCUUCAUCGGCCGAGCUGCGCACUCCCACAUAUCACGACAUUACCAAGCGUGUAACGGUGUGCGUUGCGACCGAUGGUAACCAGGGCCGUGGGCUGGCAUAUGGCGCCCAGGUCUUUGGUUGCCGGUGCGUUGACUAUAUCCACAGCCACGUCAGCGAAGGCCGUGCAGACAAGAUGAAAGAGCUGGGUGCAGUAGUAAUUCGGGUUGACGGGGAGUACGAAGCCUCUGUUUCUCGGGCGAAGGAGGACGCUCGCAUGAAUGGCUGGUUUUUUGUGAGCAGCACAUCCUGGUCCGACUUUGAUAAUGAUAUUCCACAGCAUGUUAUGAAUGCCUACAUGGUCGUCCUGGAGGAGGCAGUGAGCGCGAUUCCCAUGUUAGACCGUAUUACCCACGUCCUUGUAUGCGGUGGUGUUGGGAGUAUUGCUGCAGCCAUUUUCCAGGGUUUCUACACUCGCAUUCGUGGCAAUCGCUUAUCCAACGCGCCACGUUUUAUUGUCGUUGAGCCAUGCGAGGCAGACUGCCUCCUGCAGAGCGCAAAGGCCGGCGAGGUACGCAAAUCGGAAGGGUCGCUUCACACACUCAUGGCCGGUCUGGCCUGUCGCGCGCCUUCGCCGGCCGCAUGGAAAGUGCUUCACUGGCUUGCGAGCGACUUUGUCGCGGUCCCGGAUACGGUGGCGGUAGACGGUAUGAAGACAUUAGCCAGUAGCUGUGAGGGCGACAUUCCUGUGGUAUGCGGCGAGUCUUCCGCGGCCAGUAUGGGUGUCUUGCUUGCAUCCAGCACGGACCCGACUGUGCGUAAGAAGCUCGGGUUAGAUGCGAACAGUCAGGUCUUGCUGUUCGCAUUGGAGGGCGCCACAGAUCCCCAGAUAUUUGCGUCGCUAGUUGGCACGUCGCCAGCGGCGGUAUUUAAGGCCCAGGAACGCUUCGCGGUCUAG